AUUCGCAAAGCAUUGUGGGAUUGGAUGCUGGUGGAAAGCUUCUCGAAGGAACUGCAAAGAUGAUGAACGCACAGGUGAUCCUGCUGAAGGAAGGGACAGACUCGUCUCAGGGUGUUCCCCAGCUCGUCAGUAACAUCAAUGCCUGCCAGGUGAUCGCCGAGGCGGUCAGGACCACCCUUGGGCCCAGGGGGAUGGACAAACUGAUGGUGGAUGGCAGAGGUAAGGCCACGAUCUCCAAUGAUGGAGCCACCAUCCUGAAACUGCUGGAUGUGAUUCACCCUGCAGCCAAGACCCUGGUGGACAUCGCUCGCUCCCAGGACGCUGAGGUCGGCGACGGCACCACCUCCGUCACUCUCCUGGCUGCGGAGUUCUUGAAGCAGCUUAAGUCGUACGUGGAGGACGGCCUCCACCCCCAGACCAUCAUCAGAGCGUUCCGCACUGCCACCCACCUCGCUGUCAGCAAGAUCAAGGAGAUCGCCGUCUCUGUGAAGAAAGACGACAGGCAAGAGCAGAGGCAGUUGCUGGAGAAGUGUGCCGUCACAGCCCUGAACUCCAAGCUAAUUGCCGGUCAGAAGGAGUUCUUCUCCAAAAUGGUGGUGGACGCUGUCAUGUCUCUGGACGAGCAGCUGUCUCUGAAGAUGAUUGGCAUCAAGAAGGUCCAGGGAGGAGCCCUUGAGGAGUCCCAUUUGGUCGACGGGGUUGCAUUCAAGAAGACCUUCUCCUACGCCGGGUUCGAGAUGCAGCCGAAACGCUACGACAAUCCAAAGAUUGCGCUGCUCAACGUGGAGCUGGAGCUGAAGGCCGAGAAGGAUAACGCUGAGGUCCGCGUGAACUGUGUAGAGGACUACCAGGCCAUUGUGGACGCCGAGUGGAACAUCUUGUACGACAAGCUGGAUAAGAUCCAUAAGUCAGGAGCCAAGGUGGUUCUGUCCAAGUUGCCCAUCGGUGACGUGGCCACCCAGUACUUCGCUGACAGAGACCUGUUCUGUGCUGGCAGGGUGCAGGAGGAGGAUCUGAAGAGGACCAUGAUGGCCUGCGGUGGCUCCAUCCAGACCACAGUGAGUUCCCUGACAGACAACGUCCUGGGACAGUGUGAACUCUUCGAGGAGGUCCAGGUUGGAGGAGAGAGGUAUAACUUCUUCAAGGGCUGUCCGAAGGCGAAGACGUGCACCAUCAUCCUGAGGGGCGGAGCCGAGCAGUUCACGGAGGAGACGGAGCGAUCUCUGCACGACGCCAUCAUGAUCGUACGCAGAGCCAUCAAGAAUGACUCCAUUGUGGCGGGUGGAGGAGCCAUAGAGAUGGAGCUGUCCAAGUACCUGCGGGAUUAUUCCAGGACCAUCCCCGGGAAACAGCAGCUGCUGAUCGGAGUGUACGCCAAGGCCCUGGAGAUCAUCCCCCGACAGCUGUGUGACAAUGCCGGCUUUGACGCCACCAACAUCCUGAAUAAGCUGCGCGCCAAACACGCACAGGGCGGUAUGUGGUACGGCGUGGAUAUCAACAAUGAGGACAUCGCGGACAACUUCGCCGCCUGCGUGUGGGAGCCGUCCAUCGUGAGGAUCAACGCUCUGACGGCGGCGUCCGAGGCCGCCUGCCUCAUCCUGUCGGUGGACGAGACGAUCAAGAACCCGCGCAGCAGCAUGGACGGACCUCCCGGAGGAGGCCGAGGCAGAGGCCGCGGGAGACCCCACGCUCACUAAGAGACGCACGAGCAGAACCUCAUUUUGAACUGGCAUUAAAACCCAAAUGCAGAUAGAGGAGUUUGUCUUCGGCACAGUUUAGGUUACAUUUACACAUAGAUGCAAAGAUGGUGUUGAAUGUAGCUCGGCAUGUUUGACCUGCAUAUGGAUUUGAAUUCUAGAUAAAAUUGGGUGACGUAAACAGUCAGACACAUUGCAAAUGGCAAGUAGAGUGAAACAGAUAGAAGGGGGAAAUGAGACUUGGUCAAAGGUGGCAGACAUUUCUUGUGUUUUCUUUGUCACUUAUGUUUUUCUUACUUAAACAGACCUUAUCAAGUGAAAGCUUAACAUUUCAAGACUUGCAUCUUUAUAUGUGUCGCCAAUUUACUGAGAAAUGAUAUUGAAAUACAAGAACAGAACUAGUCCCCUCUCUGGUUUUGAACUAAACGCACUCCUGUACCCUCCGAGUUCGCUGCUCUUCUCUGACCUGAAGCAGCUGUUCCAUCAUUUCUGAUCUGGUUUUGUGUUAUGUGACAAACUGAUGUGUAACAUGGGAAGUAAAGCACUGAUAGGAUGUCGAGCCGUUCGUACCAUUCAUUGUUUUGGCUGUGUGAAACUAUUUAUUGCACCAUUAUCAAUAAAUUCACAGCUGAAAUCACACUGUU